CGAUGGCUUACAUAAUGUCUCUAUCAUUAGGUCAAUUGUGGACUGCUGCGCCUGCUACUUUGUCUGUAUUCUUCAGGUUUAACCUAAUACUUAGUUGAAAAAACAGUCAGUGGGCGUCAUGGCUGAGCUCGUAGCAGGGAGAUUGGAUUGGAUUUGACCUCUCCUAUCUUUCUCUGUUGACCUCCAUCGUAUCUGUAGCUCUCUAUACAUGAUUGCCAUUGGGCGGAACCUUAGCAUAAUAAUGAUGAACAUCCAUAAAAAAAAGUCAUCCUAUCAUCCUCUUCGAUUUCUUUGGAUUUCCUUGUGGAUCCAUCUAAUUGUGAAGAGGUGUCUCCAUCGAUUGAGCUCAGCCAUGACACAAGCGGUGCGUGGCUGUUUACAGGACGGCCGCCAUGACCGCCCACCGUGUUUUAUACAUAUCUAUCCAUAGCCUCUCACUCUUCCACAAAAGAAUAAGCAAAGGCAGAAGAAGAGCAACAAGAAAUAGUAUCAGUAAUAAUGGCAGUGCCAAUAAUCAAGUUGGGAAGCCAGGGUUUUGAAGUAUCAGCACAGGGGUUGGGCUGCAUGGGCAUGUCUGCCUUCUAUGGCCCACCUAAAUCUGAAAAUGAAAUGAUCUCCCUCAUUCACCAUGCUGUUUCCAAGGGCGUUACUUUUCUCGACACCUCUGAUGUUUAUGGUCCUCACACUAACGAACUUCUCCUCGGAAAGGCACUAAAAGGAAUAAGAGACAAAGUGCAGCUGGCCACCAAGUUUGGAAUAAGUUUUGUAGGUGGGAUAAGGGAGAUUCGUGGGGAUCCUGCGUAUGUCCGUGCUUGCUGUGAAGGGAGUUUGAAGAGGCUUGAUGUGGAUUGCAUUGAUCUUUAUUACCAACAUCGAAUCGAUACCAGAGUUCCCAUAGAAGUCACUAUUGGAGAAAUGAAGAAAUUAGUUGAAGAAGGGAAAAUAAAGUACAUUGGACUUUCUGAGGCUUCUGCAUCAACAAUUCGAAGGGCACAUGCUGUUCAUCCUAUUACAGCAGUUCAAUUAGAAUGGUCCUUGUGGAGUAGGGAUGUAGAGGAAGAUAUUGUUCCAACUUGUAGGGAGCUUGGUAUUGGAAUAGUGCCAUAUAGCCCUUUAGGCCAAGGUUUCUUCUCUUCUGGAGCAAAGUUGAUUGAAAGCUUAGCAGAUAAUGAUAGUAGAAAGUAUAUGCCCAGGUUUACAACAGAGAAUCUUGAAAAAAAUAAGAUUAUAUUUGAGAAGCUUUCAGCUAUUGCUUCAAGCAAAGGGUGCACCCCAGGACAACUUGCACUUACUUGGGUUCAACAUCAAGGAAAUAAUACUGCACCAAUUCCAGGGACAACUAAAAUCAAGAACUUGGAAGAGAAUAUUGGUGCUCUUUCUGUGAAACUCACAUCAGAGGAGAUGAAAGAAAUAGAAGCCAUUGUGUCCACUAGUGGUGUUCAUGGAGAUAGAUAUUUGGACAGGAAUUUUACAUGGAUGCAAUCGGAAACACCUCCUCUCUCUUCAUGGAAAGGCAUAUAAGUAAUUUUGGUAGUGCUAUCAUUUUAUGACUAAUUAUAUGCAAGCUAGAUAAGUGUUACAUUUUUGCUCAAAGGACAUAGCUUUUUAUUAUGCACAUUGGUCUAUAAUAUAUUAUUGUUGUGUAUUUUGAGGUAUCAAUAAAAUUGUGUGUAUUUUCAAAAAUAUGUGAUAAACAAGGCUAUUCUUAUUUUCUAAAA